UUUGUGUGUGUGUGUGUGAGAGAGAGAGAGAGAGAGAGAGAGUGAUAAACUUUGUGUGUGUGAGAGAGAGAGAGUGAGUGUGUGUGUGAGAGUGAUGGAGAGUGAGAGAGACAGUGAGAGAGAGUGAGAAUGUGUGUAUGAUGCUGGUGUACAGUUGCAGACCUUGUUUUUUCCUGUUGAUCAGCCUGUUGACUGUGUGUGUGUGUGUGUGUGUGCGCGUGCAGCGGGCGAGUGUAGGUGGCCGUGUGUUUUGUGAGAUCAUCCUGCAUGGACUUGUCGCCAUGAGCAACAAGGAGAUGGUUUCCACGGAGACAGAGAAUAAAGGACAGAGGAAGGUGUUUCUUCCUAAUAAGCUGUUGGAGUGUCUCCCUCGUCUGUCCAGUCUGCCUACAGAGCGUCUCCGCUGGAACACCAACGAGGAGAUUGCUUCCUACCUGAUAUCAUUUGACAGACAUGACGAGUGGCUCUCCUGCACCCUGAAAACAAGGCCGAAGAAUGGCAGCAUCAUCCUCUACAACAGGAAGAAGGUGAAGUACAGGAAGGACGGAUACUGCUGGAAGAAAAGGAAGGAUGGAAAGACGACAAGAGAGGACCACAUGAAGCUGAAGGUCCAGGGCAUGGAGUGCCUAUAUGGUUGCUACGUCCAUUCCUCCAUUGUGCCAACAUUCCACAGACGAUGCUACUGGCUGCUGCAGAACCCAGACAUCGUGCUGGUUCACUACCUGAACGUGCCGUCCCUGGAGGAUUCUGGGAAAUGCAGUCCUCUGCUGUGUGCAGUGGCCGACCGCCACGACAGCGUGAGGUGGAGCCGAGACGACCUGCUGAGCCAGCUGAAGCCCAUGUUCCACAGUAUGAAGUGCUCGGUGGGUUCAGGUGAUUUCAGUAUUGAGGAGUUGGUUCAACACAUUCUGGACCGGCAGAGAACCAAACCACAGCCGCGCACACACACCUGCCUUUGUAACACCGCCCAGGUGUCUUCAGGAGUGAACAUUCCUCACCGCUGUAACAGCACCAAGCACCGCAUCAUCUCCCCCAAGCUGCCUCCCUCCUCCUGCAGACCCUCCGCCUCCCCGCUGGCCUCAGAGGGAGGGGGCGCGGGGCGAGGAGGAGGGGAUGCCAAACUGCCCCACCUGCAGGCUCAGAACAGCCCUGUGUCCUCGCCGUGCCCCUCGUCCACCGCCUCGUCACCUCCGCAGCCUCAGAGAGCCACCAUCACCAUGGGUAACCACGGCAACCUGACCACAGUGGCGCUGCCGCAGAACGCUGUGCUCGUCAUGGCAACGACCGCCGCUGCCGGGGCCAGAGGGGAGGAGGUGGGGCCCGGGAGGAGCCUGUCACUCACCCGCUCCGGACAGUUGCUGCUCUCCCCUGCCCCCCUCCCCCCUCCUCCUGCCGCCUCCCCCUCCCCUCCCUCCUCCUCUCCAAUCCCCCCCUCGCUCCCCCCUCCUCCCCCCAUUCAGGCGCCGGGCAUGGCCACCCUCUCCCUAACCCUCCUCCCCUCCCCCGUCAUCGGAGGCCUUCUCCUCACCCCAUCCUCCUCCUCGUCCUCCCUCCGCUCCCCUCCUCCUACUGCCACCGCCGCCUCCCCCUCUUCGACUCCUCCUCCCCCGGCCCUUCCCCCGACCUUUGACCCCGACUCCUUCCUCAACUCCCCCAAACAAGGUCAGACAUACGGCGGUCCGCCUCCUCCUUCCUCCGCCUCCCCCGUUCUCUGCUCCUCCUCCUCCCCCCUCUCUCCCCCCUCCCUCGCUCUCUCACUUUCCCCCACCUCCACUCCUCCCUCCUCUGUCUCCCCCCCCUCCUCCCUCUCCUCCCUCUCCUCCUCCUCUGAGGCAGAGAGGAGGGACUCAGCCCUCCCCCUCUCCUCUGCCUCUUCGUCCUCCUCCUCCCUCCCUCCCUCCCUCUCUCUCUCCCUGUCUCCCACCUCCUCCGUAGCCCCGCCCCUUCUCCCCCUGUGCCUGGAGCUGGGAGCUCUGGGUGAGUCUGAGGGGGGGCAGGAGGAGGAGGCAGGGGGGGAUGAAGAGGAGGUGAAGGACAGGAGAGAUGAAGAUGAUAAUGAUGAUGAUGAUGACGAUGAAGGCAGGGCACCACCCACUAAGCUGGCUCUGUUGCAGACAAGCCACGCCUCCUCCUGUUCAUCUCCACGGAGAGGAGCUAGCGCCUCCUCCCUGCUCCUCGUCUGUCAGGAUUCCGCGAGCCAGUCGGCCAAUCAGACACAGCACCAGCCUGACGGACUGCAGCCUGAGGCCCCCCUCCCGGUUCAGGUGUCCCAUCAGCCUCUGCUGCUGCAGCAGACUCACUCAGUGUUCGCUGAAGCUACCGCAGCGCCUCUCGGCCUCACCGACGGCGACUCCACCCCUGCCGCUGUCGCCAUGGACACCGCUCACCUGGACACGCCCACGGUGCAGGUGCAGGUGAAGGAGGAGAGCAGGCGGGGCUACGACUCGGAGGACACCUGCAUGGACACGCACUUGGAGGGAGAGGAGGCGGAGCCUGGCGAGCGCGGAGGGGAGGAGCUGGACAUCUCCUUCGACAGCCAGUUCCCCGAUCUCAUUUCUGACCUCAUCAAUGAGGAGGCCAAUCCCGUCGCAGCUCACCCCGCAGCCGCCGCCACCGCGCCCAACCCUGCCAUGUUCCCAGCGGGGGUCCGCUACAUGGUGCCCCCCCAGCCCUCGCCCUCCUCCUCUUUCCUGCCCUUUCCUCACCCGCUGCCCUCCUCCUCCACCCGACUCGCCUCCAUCACAGACUUCUCCCCAGAGUGGUCCUACCCCGAGGGAGGAGUGAAGGUUCUGAUCACAGGUCCCUGGAGUGAGCUUUCGGGUCGAUAUUCGUGUGUGUUUGAUCAGAGCACGGUCCCCGCUUCGCUGAUCCAACCUGGAGUGUUGCGCUGCUACUGUCCAGCCCACGAAGCCGGCCUGGUAUGUCUGCAGGUCCUCGAGUCCGGAGGUUCCGUCUCUUCUUCAGUUCUGUUCGAGUACCGAGCAAGGAACGCGAGCUCUCUGCCCAGCUCUCAGCUCGACUGGCUCUCAUUGGACGAUAAUCAGUUCCGGAUGUCCAUCCUGGAGCGUCUGGAGCAGAUGGAGCGCAGGAUGGUGGAGAUGGCCGCCCGUGACAACCACCACCACCACCAACAACAACAACACCAACACCAACAACAUUACCAUCAUCAACAGCAGCAUGGCAGCCAGCAGGCCACGCCCCCUCCCCCGCCCCUACCUGAGGAGCAUGAACAGUCCUCUCAGUGGUUUGAGAGGAGGAUUGUGGGAGUGUGUGAGCGGAUGAUGAGGGGAGGACGGUGGGGGGGAGGAGGAGGAGAGAGGCUCCAUCACUCUGUCCGUCACCGUGGGAUGACUCUGCUCCACCUGGCUGCUGCUCAGGGAUACACACACCUGAUACACACUCUGAUCCACUGGAGGAGUGUGAACAGCGACAGUUUGGACCUGGAACAGGAAGUUGAUCCUCUCAACAUCGACCACUUUUCCUGCACCCCGCUGAUGUGGGCGUGUGCUCUGGGCCACCAGAGGGCAGCAGAGCUCCUGUAUGGUUGGAACAGUUCGGCCCUGGGGAUCCCUGACUCUCUGGGCCGCCUGCCGCUGGCCGUGGCCCGUUCCCGUGGUCACACCCGCCUUGCCACGGCGCUGGAGGAGCUGCACACACACACGCACAUGACCCCAAGGGACACGCACACGCCUCCAGCAGACACGCACACGCCGGCCACGCCGCAGCCGUCGCCUCUGUCCACCAGCCUGGACACAGGUCUGAGCUCAUCCAGCAGCCUCCCCUCCCCCAGCGACCCCUCCUCCCCCUCCCCGAGCUCCGCCUACUCCAGUGGUCCCGCCCCCAUGGACACCUCCCCCUCCUCGCCAUCGUCUCCUUCCUCCUCUUCAUCCUCGCUGCCGGUGUCCCCCCCCUCCCCCUCCUCCUCCCUCCCCGCCGUGUCCAUGUGGGGGGCGGAGCCAGGUGUCGGGCUCAGCUCAGGUUUGAUCCCCGGCGGCUCUGCUGACUCCCCGCUCUACCUCAUGGACUAUGAGAGCGCCUCCCCCGCCCACACGCACGCCUUCACGCACACGAUGGGCGGGCGGCAGGCCACGCUGGAGGAGCAGCUGCUGAGCUACAGUGAGAACGCAGAGAACGAAGGAGAGGAGGAGGAGUACCUGGAGGAGGAGGUGCUGCAGGUCGACAUGGCGACGCUGGCAGAGCAGAUCAUCGAGGCGACCCCCGAGCGAAUCAAACAGGAGGACUUCCCUCGGGAGGCGGAGUCACCCCUCAGAGAGCGCCGGGACAACCCGGCCAUCCAGGACACCUGGCUGGCCACCUACCUGGACACGGUCGAUGCCCACACACACUCCCCGCCCAGGCGGGUGUGCCCCCCCUCGCCCCUCAGUGCGCUGGCCCUCCAGAGGCUCCGCCCCCCCUCCUCCGCGGCUUGGGCUGAGUUUCUGAACGCCUCAGCCAAUGGGAAGAUAGAGAGAGACUUUGCUCUGCUGACGUUGACGGACGGCGAGCAGCGAGAACUCUACGAGGCUGCCAGGAUCAUCCAGAACGCCUUCAGGAGAUACAAGGGUCGCAGGUUAAAGGAGCAGCAGGACAUGGCAGCAGCCGUCAUCCAGAGGUGCUACAGGAAGUACAAACAGUACGCGCUCUACAAGAAGAUGACCCAGGCAGCCAUCCUGAUCCAGUCAAAGUUCCGCUCGUACUACGAGCAGAAGCGUUUCCAGCAGAGCCGGCGGGCCGCCGUGCUAAUCCAGCAGUACUACCGCAGCUACAAGGAGUACGAGAGGCUGAAGACGGCGCCCAGAGGAGCCGCCAGCCACAACCCCAAGAUCAAAGGCUCGUUCCUGACCAAGAAACAGGACCAGGCAGCCAGAAAGAUCAUGAGGUUCCUGAGACGCUGCAGACACAGGAUCAAGGAGCUGAAGCAGACCAGGGAGUUGGAGCGGAGAGGACUGACCACUUAAACCAUUUCUCAAAUUCAUUUUUCUUCUAUCUGCGGGGUACCAGAGGACGAGCGAUGAGGACAGAGAGACAGACAGACAGGAGGAUAGAGAGACAGAGGGACAGACAGGAGGACAGAGGGACAGACAGAGGGAUGUCCUCCUGCAGCAGGUUUUUAGUCUGAGGGACAGAAAGACAGACGCCUUACCCCUCGACAACUCUGUCUUCAUCUGAUCCUGUCUGUCUGUCUGCUUCUUCUCUGUUGACUGAAUGUUCGGUCUAUCUGUCUGUCUGUCUGCAGCUGUCUGUCUGUCGGUCUGUCUGCAGCUUCAAGAGCGCCUCUGAGUGAAGCCUCUAUACCCUCUGCUCUGCCUGCAAGGCAGGAGGUGUGUGGGCGUUUGUGCCCUGAGCUCUGCCUCCUGCAGCAUUCUGCUGAUGUGUCCCUUUAAUUCAGCGUUGAACAGCUCGUCUGAUAAGAGACCAAAAAUGACAUAUAAGUAGAAAUAAAUAAAUUGAAAAAUCCAUGGAUAAAUGUAGAAAUUUAAAAAGAUUAAAAAAAGAUAAAUAAAUGCAAAAAAUAAAUGGAAAUUGAAAAUUUUUACAUGUAUUUUAUUAUUAUUUUGGGGUAUUUAUUUAUUAAUUUAUUUCUAUAUUUUAAUUUAUUUAUAUUAUUUCCACAUUUAUUUAUAUUAUUUCCACAUGUAGUUAUUUAUGUAUUUAUACAUUAUUAUUAGUGUUUUUAUUUCUGCAUUUAUUUGUAUAUUUAUUUAUUUUAUUUUUACAUUUUAACAUCGUUGGGAGACAAUAGUCCCGCAGAAAUAAAUGAUUAAAUGUAGAAAUAAAUAAAUGUGGAAAUAGCAAACUAAAUACAUUAAUAUUCGGAAAUAAAUAAAUAAUAAAACGAGUGAAAAUCCAGAAUUAGCAUUUCUUUUAAUCUAUUUAUUUCAGACUUGUUGAUGAUGUGCUGAAUCUGAAGGCUGCAGGCGUCCUGAGGGAGGCUCCUGGCAGUCAGAGCUCAGGGCACAGCUCUGCGCUCCCAUGAUGCAGUGCGGCUGAACGGCGCUCUUGGUUUGGAGUCUGUGAACUUGGACGUGAACACAAGUUUAACAAAGCUACUUAUAAAUAUAUUUAAACACUCAAAUAUAUAAACACAAAUCUAUAUGAAUAUAUAUUCUAAUGUCAACUUUAUAGAUGUUUUUAUUUAUUACAGCACGAACUGUUAAUGUGACUGUGUGACUGUGUGUGUGCGUGCGUGCGAGCGGUGUGUGUGUGUGUGUGUGCGCGUGUGUUUGCGCUGCGCAGACUGUAAGGUUGAGUCUUAAGGAACCUCUCUGACCUUUGACCUCAGACAGUCAAACUAAAUCUUUUCAUCACUAAACAGUUCCACUGUACGAAGGAUCAAAGCUGCCAAAAUAAAUAACUGAAUAUACAAAAAAUAUUAAAAAGGCAUUAAUUUUUUUAUUUGUUUCUGUAACACAUUUAUAAUUUUCCUUUUUUCAAAUCUACCUUUGUAUUAAAUCACCUGUUUACUUGCUUAUUUAAUUAGCUCGAUUAUCAUUUUCAUGAUUAUUAUUUAAAUGUAUUGAUUUUUAUUAACUUCAAAAUGUAUUUUCUUUAAUUUAUUACAAACGUGUGAAAAGUGAAGAUCAGCCACUCGUCAUUUUCUUCAUGAAGAAAUUCAUAAAGAAAAUAAUACGAAUAAAUACAUAUAAUAUAAACUGAAUGUAAAAAGUAUUUAUAUGUAUAAACAAAUAAAUGAAAUGAGAGAUUAAAUGGGAAAGAAUAAAAAGUGGAAUUAAUAGAAAAAAGUGAUUAUUAUUUAAAAUAUUUUGUAUAUUGUGCAGCUUGUGUCCUCCGUACCACUCAGCAGAACAGUUUUAUUUAUUUUUCAUUAAUAUUAUAUGAAAUAUUCUUCACAUUAAAAUAAGCAAUGUGCUCUCUCUUUGUGUGAUGACAUCAGAGGUCAGAGGUCACGGCGGGUUCCCUUCAAACUGUAUUUUAAUACGUGGGGGGACUUGUGAGGCAACGGCGCCGCCCGCCGCUGCCCCGCCACCAUGCCAGUUUGUUUUCUACCGUCACGAGCAUGAGCUUUAACUUCUAACCGAUGUGACACGUUUCCUUUGGCUUGUUUUCUUCUUCUUCAGCUGGUGCAGUGAAGCUUUGCAUGAGUUUGUAUUUCAUUGUUCCACAUUUCAACAAAUUCAUGAAUUAUUCUACCAGAUGAAUAAAAUCAGCUGUUUGCUA